CCUCAUCAUCAGUAUCAUUUUUCUCAUUAUUUCCCUCUAAAGCUUCCUUUAUCUACUAUAUAUGUCUCCAGACCAGGCCGCUUCCAAAAACUGGCCAACAAACUCAAUAUUCCUCUUCUCCCUCCUCUUCUUCUUUUUCUUGCUUUGGACAUGGAGGAGCAUAUGGAUUCAAUGAGCAAAGCUCUCUCUUCUCAAGCUAGAACAAAUGAGUCUCCAGAGGAGAGCGGCUGGACUAUGUACUUUGAAGAUUUCUUAGCAAACAAGGAGCAUAGCUCUUCCCCUUCUGAUAAUUAUGGUCGUGCCAGCUAUGGUUAUGGAAGCUCUUCUUUGGUCUCUGAUGCUGCUUCUUCAGCCGGGAAGAAGCUCGUAGAUAAUGACCAUGUUGCAGUGCUGUCCUUGGAGAAAAGGUGCAAGAAAUUGAGUUUUAAGAAGAGAAAAACUAAAGGAGCUGUGGUUGAUGAUGCUUUGGAGGACACUGCCAGUUCUCCUGUUACCAGUCCCAAGGUUUUUGAUUUGAGGCAGUUGGAUAUGAACCCAAAAGAGAAAGCUAUAGACAUUUCUAAGGAGAAAGGGAGUUCAUAUAGGCAAACAAAUGAGAGAGGUGAUGAAGUGGGUUUUAUUGGGAGGGAUAGUGACUGUACAGAACUGAAGAAAAGGGGCCUUUGCUUAGUUCCUUUGUCCAUGAUAGUGGACUAUCUUGGUUAAGUUCAUUUUUCUUCUUUUUUUCCCUUCAUUUUUGUCAUGGAUGCAUCUCCAAAUCUCCUUUCUCACUUGCAGAAUUGCACCCAUCCUUCUGCAGCAACUGAUCAAGCAAGUACAUAUCUCAUGAACAACCAUCUUCUUUCACAAAUGAAUAAAUAUGCUCUUUUAAAUUAA